AUGGCGGAUGCUACCGACAGGCCAAACAGUGUCUUGAUCGACGGUGAAGAAUCAGAUUUCUAUACCGAAGGCCAUAAACAAACUUCAGAUCAGACCGAUCAAGAACUCACACUUCUCACCAUUUUGAACCGUUUGAUUAAGAAUAUUCCUCUGCUUCGUCAAGCUUCGGAGAAUACCGGUCAGCACGUUCUCCUCUGGGCUCGCCGUGGAAGUCCUCUUCGCUCACUCCUCGUUGUCUCUGUUGGGACAAUUGCCCUUCUCGCCUUGACAGGAUUCACGUUCUUUCUGAUUUUUUUUGUUGCUGCUACCAUCAAUGCCAUUGUCAUUACUCUUCUUAUGUCUUUAGCAGCGGCAGGAGGAUUCUUGGCUCUUUUCUUUGCUUGUGUUGCGGCCAUUUAUGUUGGGGUGUUAAUGGUAUCUGUAUUUGUCAUUUCUUCUGCAACAGUUGUAGCCAUCUUUGCCGUUGUUAUAGUUACAGGUUGGAUUGGAUUCUUUUGGACGGUGUGGGUGGCAUCAAAGAAAAGCAUAGGCAUAGCCAAGCAUUCAGUAUACAUGACAGGAUCAGCACUUUCAGCAUAUUCUCCUGCUCGGAACCAUCAUGACUAA